CACCGGCGCUCCAGAGCGGAGGAGCAGCGGAGGGAGCAGCGCCCGCCGCCCGCGCCGCGGCUCGGUUCGGCCGGCCCCGCCGGCUCCCGCCGCCACCAUGCAGCCGCCCGCCCUCCGCAUCCUCCUGCUCAUCGCCUGCUUCGCCAGCGCCCGCGGAAACCUCUCCCGCGACGAGAGCCAGCCCACGACGUCAGAUGAGACCGUGGUGGCCGGGGGCACGGUGGUGCUCAAGUGCCAGGUGGAAGAUCCCGACGAUUCCUCCCUGCAAUGGUCCAACCCUGCCCAGCAGACCCUGUAUUUCGGGGAAAAAAGAGCCCUGCGGGAUAACCGGAUCCAGCUGGAGAGAUCCACCCCCAACGAACUGACCAUCAGCAUCAGCGACGUGGUGCUGGCGGACGAGGGCGAGUACACCUGCUCCAUCUUCACCAUGCCCGUCAGGACUGCCAAGGCCCUGGUCACCGUGCUGGGGAUCCCGCAGAAGCCGCAGAUCUUCGGGCACGAGCAGCCCAUCGACGAGGAGAAGGUGGCGCGGCUGCUGUGCCGCUCCUCCGGCAGCAAACCCGCGGCGCAGCUGCGCUGGAGGAAGGGCAACCGCGACAUCAAGGACUCGGGCACCGAGGUGGUGGAGGACCCCAACGGCAAAACCUUCACGGUGACCAGCCGGGUGGAGUUCCGUGUCACCAAGGAGGACAACGAGGUCGAGGUCACCUGCACCGUGGACCACGAGUCCCUGCAGAACUCCGAGAGGUCCACCACGCAGAAGCUGCAGGUCCACUACAAGCCCACGGCGAAGAUCGAGCCUCACCCGCAGUACCCACGCGAGGGGGAGAAGCUGCAGCUGCAGUGUGACGGGCAGGGCAACCCCAUCCCGCAGGAGUUCCUGUGGGAGAAGGAGGGCAGCGAGGCGCCGCUGCAGCUCAGCUCCGACAGCGUCCUCAUCUUCCCCUUCCUCAACAAGAGUGACAGUGGCACCUACGUCUGCACGGCCACCAGCUCCAUGGGCAGCGUGGUGGCCAAGUACAACCUGGAUGUCAGCGACCUGUACCGAAAGGUGUUCGUGUUCCGGAAGGAUCCCAGCGACGCCUUCGUGGCGCUGCGGGCGCGGCUGCAGCAACCCCUGCACAACUUCACCGUCUGCCUGCGCUCCUACACCGACCUCACACGGCCCCACAGCCUCUUCUCCUACGCCACCAAAGCCCAGGACAACGAGAUCCUCCUCUUUAAACCCAAACCUGAGGAGUACCGCUUCUACGUGGGCGGAAAAUUCGUCACCUUCCGCGUCCCCGAAGGCCGCAGGGAGUGGGAGCACGUCUGCGCCAGUUGGGAAUCCGCCACCGGCAUCGCCGAAUUUUGGCUCAACGGGAAGCCCUGGCCGAGGAAAGGGCUGCAGAGGGGCUACACGGUGGGAGCCACGGCGUCCAUCCUGCUGGGGCAGGAGCAGGACAGUUUUGGGGGUGGUUUUGACCUCUAUAAUUCCUUCUCGGGGGAGCUGACCGAUGUCUACCUGUGGGACGCGGGGUUGUCACCGGAGAAGAUGCGCGCGGCUUUCCUGUCCUUGCGCCUGCCGCCGGCGCUGCUGGCGUGGAACGGCCUCAGCUACGAGGUGAAGGGAGAUGUGGUGGUGAAACCCCGGCUCCGGGAGGCUCUGCAGGCUUGAGGGUUUGUGGGGUUUGUGGUUGGGGUGGCCUUGGUGGCCGCUGUCACCUCCUCAUCCUCAUCCUCACUCGCACGCCCAUCUCUGCAGCAGCGCUUCAUCUCUACAACCCAACACGAGGAAGGUUCCCCAGCUGGGGAUGUGUGGGGCUCAGAUUCAAAGAGAGAAAUGGAGAGUUUCUAGCCUGGCAGAAGACUGGGAAAGAGCUGGAGAAAAUGUAAAUAAUUCUUUAUCUCUCUUGUUGUUCACAUUGUUUAUCUCCGCAGCACGCAGCAGCGUUUCAUCUCCGCAACCCAACACGAGGAAGGUUCCCCAGCUGGGGAUGUGUGGGGCUCAGAUUCAGUCAAAGAGAGAACUGAGAGUUUCUAGCCUGGCAGAAGACUGGGAAAGAGCUGGAGAAAAUGUAAAUAAUUCUUUAUCUCUCUUGUUUUUCACGUUGUUUAUUUCUAUCACUGUUUGUCAAGCACUGUACACCAAUGCUCUGAGUUGUUUUCACUUUGGAGUUGGUCCUCACGAAGCUCUGUAUAAAAGAGCGGUGUAUUUUGAAUAAAUCGGAAUUUUAUUCUCAG